AUGAGCAGUUUGGACGUAGCAAGAGCCGAGCUUGGCCUUUUGAUAGUGUAUCUGAACAAGUCUGAAGCCAGAGACAAGAUAUGCAGGACCAUCCAAUAUGGGUCCAAGUUCGUGAGCAAAGGGGAACCUGGAACGGCACAGAACGUCGAAAAGUCAACCAGUUUGGCCAGAAAAGUCUUCCGGCUUCUGAAGGUCGAGUUCUACAUCUUCUUCAGUGCUUGUUGCGUCUGUUUAUGUGACCCAUUGAUUCAGUUGAGGCCUCAUUUAUCCAGUUCGUCAAUGAUCUCCACGCUCUUAUCAGCCCUCCUGCUCAAGGAACCCCUCUUCCUCUCAUUCUACUCGGAAAGGUAUGGGAGCGCUCCGGUCAACCCUUUGUCAGCACUAAGUCAACGGUUAUUUUUGGUACUAAAUAUAUAUGGCCAUUUCAGUCCAAAAACGCGCUGCUGUCUACUUUCCUGCUCCUGGAUCAAGUCGUCUGGGCCGGAAGAACAGGAAUCUAUAAGGUAAAUUCCCCCGUAACUCUCUCUCUCUCUCUCUCUCUCUCUCUCUCUCUCUCUCUCUCUCUCUCUCUCUCUCUCUCUCUCUCUCUCUCUCUCUCUCCUCCUGGUAUCUGUCGCUCACUUUGGUAGUGGCACUCUAUGGAAUAACCAUUUACUAAUUUUCGGUGAUUUAUCGACAGAACAAAGAGCGUGCUGAGCUGCUUGGCAGGAUCUCACUCUUCUGCUGGAUGGGCUCAUCAGCUUGCACCACUUUGAUCGAGGUCUGGACACUUAUUUCUUAUCCAACAUGAGCAAUGAUUUCCAUCCAAACCCUCGAGCCGGAUAUAUAUAUAUAUAUAUUAAUUUGGCGAGAAAUGAACGAUGCGGCUUUUUAUGUCUAAAUAUUUUUUUUUAAAAAAAUUAACUCGAAAAGAAAAUGAACAACUUGGAUUUCUUUUGUCAAUUAUUUUAUGAUCGGCUUGGGUAUUUUUUUUCAAACUAUUUCUGUGUUCUUUAAUUAAUGUUAUGUCAAAACAUUUUUUAAAUGCACCCUUAAUUAGAUGAAAAAUGAUCCUCUCGGGUUUUUUCUUUUUUUCUUUUUCUUCUCAAAUGGGUUUCUAUUCCAGCUGGCUGAGAUCAGGAGGCUGUCAAGGUCAAUAAAGAAGCUGGAGAGGGAGCUCAAGGCGACAGAUAGAUCCCAAGUAGACUUCCGUCAAACCUGAUUUCAUCCCGAUUCUCUCCAACUCGACGUAAAUAUAUUUUUUUCUUUGGGUGGCCCCACAGAACGAUCAGUAUCUCACCAAAGUCAACCAGUCCAACGAGAGGGUCCUCUCUCUGGUUAAGGCGUCCCUAGACAUUGUGGUCGCCAUUGGGCUUCUUCAGCUCUCCCCGAAGAAAGUCAACGCUCGUGUCACGGGCGCCUUCGGAUUCAUCUCCUCGCUGAUUUCUUGCUACCAGGUGCCCCAAAUCUGAAUAUUUUUGAUGGGUUCGCUCCUAUUCGUCUGAAAGCCUCACUCUUCCUCCCCUCCCUCCUCUUCCAGCUUCUUCCCGCUCAUCCCAAAGGGAAGUCAGCGUGA